UGAUGUAGCAAGAAGAAGAAUAAUAUUCAUGUCUUGAGGAAUUCUUUAUUGACAGUUGCAGAUUUGGGUAAGCAUUAAGAUCAUUUUUAGAGAUUAUGAAGAUGCAAUUGGAUGCUUUGAAGAUAAUGUUGAUUUAUUUUGGAUUGACAUUAAUUAAAAUAAUUGCAUUCGUAUUUAUGAAUAAUAUAAUUGUUAGAUAUGGUAUCUGCUAAUGGUCAUAUAACUAUUCUUGAAUAAAUAAUCUCGUACUCUCAAAAAAAAAAUAUUGAUCUACAUAAAUUAAUAAAUCAUCAAAAUUAAUAUGGUUGUACUCCUUUACGUAUAUACAUAUGUAUAUUAAAUUAGAUUGGGCUGUUUUAAAUAAUUAAUUAGCAAUUAUAACAGUAUUAUUAUAAAAUGGUGCAGAUAUUACCAUAAAAAACUUAAAUGGUUUGACAUGCAUAGAUGAAGCUAUCUCACUUGAUAAAGCAGAAGUGAUAGUAAUACAAUUUAAUAUUCUAAGGAAUUAUUAUCAAAAAAUAUCUCUUUAACAGAAGAUUAAUAAUUAACUUUUAAUGAAGCAUCAGAAAUUAUAGAAAAAGAUGAAGAAGAUUAAGUUGAAUGA